AUGUCUGAUACUGGAGUUACGACGAAUUCUGUGAUGGAUUCGGAGCAUUUCAGUCCUUAUCGUGCGGAUGGGAAGCUUUACGGGUUUGUAUGUGUUGUUACCGGCGCGCAGCAGCCUGUCGGACAGGCGAUCAUCAGAGAGCUGGCUGUCCACGGUGCAGCUUGUAUCUAUGCCUGCGACAAAGGCAACAGCUCAGACUAUACAUCACUCAUCCAAGCUGUCGCCGCGGAUAGCCCCAAUACCAAGAUUAUCGGCUAUCCAUUCAAUGUUGCCAAAGAAGAAGAGACACUGGGCCUCAUUGACGAUGUGCUGAAUUCCUGGGGAAGACUGGAUGUCUGGGUUUGUUCAUCUGGACUCCUCGGCCCUCCUUCACUCGAGGCUACAACGCCUGCAGAUCUCCAAAAAUGCUUCGAGGCCAAUUCAAUGGCACCCUUCUUUGCGCUGAAAUACGGACCACCAGCUAUGGCUAAGACAACGCCGAAACAGGCAUAUCCUAAUGCAGCACCAAAGGAGAGGGAAUAUGGUAGUAUAAUCGUCGUGAGCAGCGUGGCUAGCACGUACGGUGGAUGCUGGGGACCAUGUUAUACUAUGAGCUCGCAUGCUGCAUUGGGAGUUGUGAGGGCGGGAGUUGCUGUAUUGAAGGGAACUGGAGUGAGAAUUAAUUGCAUCUCGCCGGGCCAGAUAGAUGUUGGUGUUGACUUGAAGAACUUCGAUAUGAGAGGCAUGAAUGCCCAAUUUCCGCCUUCAUUCUUACAAUCCAAGGAGGCACAAAAGAAGGACAUCGGACUGGAACGAGCAGGUCUGCCUAUCGAGGUUGGUCGUGUAGCUGGUUUCCUUGCUUCUGGGUUUAGCAGCUACGUGACAGGUGCCAAUAUCGUGGUCGAUGGUGGAGCUAGUGUGAUGAAUCCUUUGACAGUGCCAAUAUAA